UCAAUUUAAUAUUAUACCUACUGCAGAAGAUAUACAGUUUUUCAGUUAUACUACCGGAUCACAUACACAAUAACAAUGGCUGCACACUGCUUUCAGGACAUGAGAUUUUUCGUCUGCUUUAUGAGUUUUCUUAUAUUUGUUGAAAUGAUUGGAGGAGUAUAUUUUCGAAGCGCACUAACGACGAUUGAAAGAAGAUUUGAACUUUCAACAACCAUGGUAGCAAUGUUAUCAUCAACAUUUCAAAUAGGAAAUUUAACUGUUAUGAUGUUUGUAAGUUAUUAUGGAAGCAGAUCACAUAGACCACGUGCCAUAUCAAUUGGUUCUUCGCUUGUUGCUGCUGGUUUCCUGAUAGCAUGUCUUCCUCAAUUUAUUGGUGAUAGAUAUGAAUAUGUUGAUACAAUGAAAAACUCUACAAGUUCGAGCAACAAACAAGUUCAAAUGUGCGAAAUGGAUGGCAACCAAAAGCAAACAAACGUUACCUGCAAUGCUGCAGAUGAUGAUAGUAGCGCCCCAGCGAAUAACUUGUAUAUUUUGAUAGUUGUUGGAAUGGCUUUAAGUGGAAUAGGUGCUGCACCUCUCCAACCGCUCGGAAUGUCCUACAUUGAUGAUCACUCUACUUCAAAGAAAUCACCCGUUUACAUUGGUAUUGUAUUGACGGUUGCGCUCAUCGGCCCUGCAUUCGGGUUUCUUCUUGGCGCAGCAAUUUUAUUAAUUUGGGUCGAUGCAGGAUGGGUUGAUACAUCUGAAAUCGAUAUACCUCCGAGACACCCGAGUUGGGUUGGCGCGUGGUGGCUUGGAUUUUUAUUAUGUGGAAUAUUGAUAGCUAUUGCAACAAUUCCCAUCUGUUUCUUCCCGCGGAAGAUGAAAAAGCCUGAUGAAAAGAUUUCCGCGGCAAUGCCAGAAUAUCCUUUCAAUGAAGAAAAUGAGAAAAAAAUUGAAAAUGAUCUCAAAUCUUCAGAUGUGCCAUCUGCUAUUGAAAAAGGAGGGAUUUUACAAGCCUUGAAACGACUUUUCACAAGAAUUGAGUACAUAAUGAUGAUAAUGAUGUGGGUGUGUGGUGGAUUGAGCAUAGUUGGGGUAAUAACUUUCUUCCCUAAAUAUUUGGAAGUUCAGUUUGGAAUAUCGGCAUCAAAAGCAAAUAUGUAUUACGGCGCAAUUGCAAUACCGUGUUUGGCCGUUGGAACAAUGCUUGGUGGUUUCAUAAUGAAACGUCGUAAUCCAAGUAGACUUGGAAUGAUAAAAAUUGUCACCAUUGCUCGUAUAGCCGCAACCUUGUGUGUUCUUCCUAUAGCCUUUCUUGGAUGCAGUUCUAUUGACAUCGCUGGAAUAACAGUCCCGUAUCCAGAAAGCAAUUAUGGUGACAAGCAGUUUGCUGUAAAUUCAUAUAGCCAAUGUAACUCUGAUUGUUAUUGUACAAACGGUACAUUCUCGCCAAUUUGUGGAUCAGACGGAAUCACUUAUCUCACGCCAUGUCACGCUGGAUGUCAAAAUACGUUCUCUGAGGUUCCAGGCCAGAUUCAAAAUUACACAGAGUGUAGCUGCGUCCAUCCAACUACCAAUGGCAAUAUUAAUGAUACUGCUCAUUGGUCGUUUCCACAACGUUGCGAGAGAAGCAAGUGCGCAGACCUUGUUCUUGUCAUUUUAGUUUUGAAAGCGGCAUCAAGUCUAGCUGGAGGAGUGGGGGCAACACCUGGUUAUAUAUUUCUUAUGAGAAGUGUUAGCCAAGCAGAUAAAGCGUUCGGAAUCGGAAUUGCUUUCAUGGUGACACGUAUAUUAGCGUGGAUACCUGGGCCAAUGAUUUAUGGAAAGGCAAUUGAUUCCACUUGCUUAUACUGGGCAACAAGUUCAUGCAGUGAUAAAGGGUAUUGCAGGGUAUAUGACAGCAACGCUUACAGAACGACAUUUUAUUCCAUUAUAGUGGGCGCAGAUAUAGGUGCGUGUAUUUGUUGUUUUAUAAUAUGGUGCAUAGUUAAGAACAAAAGUAACGAAGGCGAUAUAGAAGAUGAAUACAAAGCAGCCAAGAAUAAAGAGAAUGAAGUUUUACUAAAAGAGCCCAGUUCAUCGUUUCGUGCCGCCGCGAGGCUGGCUUCCGAAACUGGAUCCGAAAGUAGCGAUGAACUAAAACUGAAUGAAAAGACAUUGCUUCAAAUAGCUGAAGAUGCAAAAGAAAAAAAUAAAGCCGAAAUUACCGCUCAAUAACUAAAUAUUUGACAAUGAAACAAGACUUACAUUUUCUGGGGGCCAAGUGUCACAAAAUGCCGAGUUGGAAAGAUGAAAAAAGUUCUUUUGUCGAGCUAUUCACCCCUGGAAAUGCUUCAUAUACCGAUUAUUUUAGCUUUAAUAAUUUUUUAUUUGUUUUUUCUAAAUGUCGUUACCAAAAAUAUGACACCAUAUAUUACUCAUGACAUGGAGGUUUAUCUGUACUAAAUUUUUUAGAUAUGCAAAUAA